UUAUUGUUUAACCUCAUUCGUUUGCAGGGAAACGGGGGACAGAAGGUCUUACAUACAUGUUGGCUGAGGUUUAUAGAGAAAGUGAAUAGUUUUCCUUGAAUUAUCCUGGUUACCAGCCCGGCUGGGCUGGCUGUGACACAUCUGUCUGAGCAGCAACACACCGGGCAUUCUCAGUCUCAUGCACAUUUUUCUCCCACUCUUUGACUGCAAUUUGCGAGUGAGUGGACUUGUGGUAACUUUGUGGUUCUCCCAGCACAGGUGGCUAAGGCUAGCCCUGUUUUAGCCGCAUAUCUGUCUUUAUUCCUGAGGCUUGGACGUGACUGGGACGGGUUAAGUUUGACACUUAUCAUGGCCAGCAGAGAUAAUGUCAUUGACGACUGCGUUUGAGCUCAGACGAGAUAAAGGCGAUACAUGCAUGUAUUAUAUGUGAUGGACAGGGUUCCUACGGGGGCUGGGGAUCACUGAAAGUGCUUGAAUUUCAAUGUUGUGUUUUCAAGGCCUGAAAAGUGCUUGAAUUUUAGUUUAAGUGCUUGAAAUUAUAACUCUGUGUCUUUCACAAAAUUGGGAUCAGACUGUAUAGUUUAGUUAUUACAAGGAGAAAUAAAAUCAGUAAGAUGAAACAUAACGAUGGUGUUUGCAGCACGAUACAAUGUACAUAAUUGUGAUUAAAAAAAGUGGAAAAAAUAAUUAUGAGUAUAUAUAUUCCUGUAGAUAUUUUACCCCAGCGAUAAGGUGGUUGAAGAUUUUGAAAAUGACCCUUGAAAAGGCCUGAAAAGUGCUUGAAUUUUAGUUUAAGUGCUUGAAAGUGCUUGAAAUUAUAACUCUGUGUCCUUCAUAAAAUUGGGAUCAGACUGUAUGGUUUAGUUAUUACAAGGAGAAAUAAAAUCAGUAAGAUAAGAUAAGAUAUCCUUUAUUUUCUCCCUCAGUGGGGAAACUUAUUUUUGUUGUCAGCAGUAACUUAGCACACACAUGCAGGGGAGGUUGUAAAAAGACUGAAAAGUCAGAAAUAAAAAAUACAUAUAAAAUAUGUAUAAUCACAGAAUAUGAACAGUAUAUACAGUUGGUUGAAAGAAGAAACGGUGCAGAAAAAGCAGGUGGAGUGUUGUGAGGUAGACUGGCAGAUAUUGCACAUCUUAUAUUAUUGCACAUCUUAUUGUCAUAUUAUUGUCCACUGGCUACUGAGAGCAGGCCUGGUGAAAGAUGAAACAUAACUAGAUGUUUACAGCAUGAUACAAUGUACAUAAUUGUGAUUGAAAAAAAAUUACCCCAGCGAUAAGGUGCUUGAAGAUUUUGAAAAUGACCCUUGAAAGUGCUUGAAAAGUGCUUGAAUUUGACCUUGAAAAAUGUGUAGGAACCCUGUAACAUCCUGCCAAAUUGAGUCACUGACAUGGUGUUAACCACUCGGUCAGUAACCUGGAUAAUACUGGGCAGAGGAAAUGCGAUAUACACUGGACCAUUUGGACUGUUCCCCUCUGCUGGUUAUCUAGUCUAGUCUUGUGAGCAUCAGGGGAUAAGCUCCACAUUUGCAUACUGUGACAUGAACACAGGGCUGGAGUCGUUUGAAGGCUCUGUCAUCCACAUCCUUGUGAAACUUGAAACCCUUUCAAGUUGGAUGUUUUCUGGCCCUAGAUGGUCUAAGAAAUAAAGUCUUGCCGUAGCUGAUAUCGAUGGUGCUUUUCAGGCGGUCUUUGCAGGUAUGAAUGCCUAAUGGUUAAGUCUCUGUGGAGAGUCUAAGAUGGUCUCGGCUGUGAGCUGUGAGCGGAUUAUGGCUGUGGAUUUACACUCUGAGGAAAAUAACAACACCUAUUAGGAGCACCAGGCAAUCCACUCAGUUAGAUUUUGUCGCUGAAAGCCUAAGCAUUGAAAUGGCAGACUGGAUAUUUGUUUGUGUAGGUUAAACUUAUCUUAACAUUUUUCUCAGCAGUUGAAGAGGACCCCCCUCAUGUGAUUUUUAAAGCUGGCCCUGACUUUAAAGACAGAUGCACCAAACAUGCUGCCGCAGUAAAUGUUCAAUCGCUAUGCCACUGAGAAAAGAAAUGACAUUUGUCUCAUUUUAAUUCCUGGAGCAGCUUUGGACAGAGUUGAGGCUUGAUGAAAAAGUUGCUGAUGCUGCUCAGAGCGGAGUUGGUCUCAUUGUCAGCCUACUCCUUUGCACUGCUUCUGCCCAGUAUGCAAACCAUUAUGACACAGGAGACCAGCUGAGGAAAAGGGCACUGACUGUCUGUACUGGAGGAUUGCACUUUGCUCUGGGAGUGGGGACCAGACCAGAGGAGCAGGCUCGCACCAACGCACAUCAUGCUGCAGAGACACUAGGUCUCCCUAUUUGAGCCCUUCUGUGUGGAGCACAAGGGCCACUUUGAAGGAGACCACCAGUGGAUGUGGUUUGGCCAGAGCUCACAGACUUCUUGCCAGUGAUUACUGAUUUAGUACCCUUCUUCACUGCUACCACUGCCACCCCCAUAACUGUGGUCUCCAUUAUGGUGUGUGGAGGCUGCAAGCCUCACAGGAGUGGGACUAGAGAUUUCACACUGGCAUAAAUACAUACUUUACAUCAUUUUAUUUUUGCACUUUGAAGGAGUUCAUUUUUCCCCCUUUGUGCUGAUAACAAACUCUCCAGGCAAGCUUGUUAAAAAAGAAAAAUACAAAAAUCCUGAAGAGAAGAGCGUUCAAGAGGCGGGAGGAUGAAGCUAAGGAAACAGGUGACAGUGUGUGGAGGGGCCAUAUUUUGUGUGGCUGUCUUUUCACUGUAUCUGAUGUUGGAUCGAGUUCAACAUGACCCUGCGAGGCGGCAGAAUGGAGGGAACUUUCCACGGAGCCAAAUCUCAGUCCUGCAAAAUCGGAUAGAGCAGCUGGAGCAGCUUCUGGAGGAAAACCAUCAAAUCAUUAGCCACAUAAAAGACUCUGUGAUGGAGCUCACAGACACAGGAGCUGUGUCUCCCAGUGGCCACCUGCCAUUCAGAAGUGCCAAUGGCUCCUGGGUCCUACCCUUUGACGGUCGUCCCACUUUCCUCGCUGUCAAGCCCCAGGAUUGCCAAUUCAGUGAUGUCAGCCACGGUCAAGCAGAUGUUCAGAUGCUGGAUGUGUACUCUCUGCUCGAGUUUGACAACCCUGACGGUGGCGUAUGGAAACAGGGUUUUGACAUUACUUAUGAACCUAAUGAGUGGGAUGAUGAACCACUACAAGUAUUUGUAGUUCCUCACUCUCACAAUGAUCCAGGGUGGAUCAAGACGUUUGACAAGUAUUACACGGACCAGACCCAACAUAUUUUAAACAACAUGGUUGUGAAGUUGGCGGAAGAUCCUCGUAGGAAGUUCAUUUGGUCUGAGAUUUCCUUCUUCUCUAAGUGGUGGGAGACUGCAGACGUACAUAAACAGGAGGCCGUGCGCAAGCUAAUCCUUGGAGGGCAGCUAGAGAUUGCCACAGGAGGCUGGGUGAUGACAGAUGAAGCCAACGUUCACUACUUUGCAAUGAUCGACCAGCUCAUUGAAGGGCAUCAGUGGUUGGAGAGAAAUUUAGGUAUAACUCCUCGCAGCGGGUGGGCGGUAGACCCCUUUGGUCACAGUGCCACCAUGGCCUAUGUGCUUAAGAGGGCCAACCUGACCAGCAUGCUCAUCCAGAGGGUCCACUACUCGAUUAAAAAACAUUUUGCCUCAACCCACAGUCUGGAGUUCAUGUGGAGGCAGGCAUGGGACUCUGGGUCAAACACAGAUAUUUUUUGCCACAUGAUGCCAUUCUACAGCUACGAUGUGCCUCACACCUGUGGCCCUGAUCCAAAGAUCUGCUGCCAGUUUGACUUCAAGAGGUUACCAGGAGGUCGCAUUAACUGUCCCUGGAAGGUGCCACCAAAACCCGUGGUGGAGGCCAAUGUAGCAGAGAGGGCACAGUUGCUCCUGGAUCAGUACCGUAAAAAGUCCAAACUUUACCGUAGCAAGGUGCUUCUCGUUCCUCUGGGAGAUGACUUCCGCUAUGACAAGGCCCUGGAGUGGGAUCAGCAGUACGGCAAUUAUCAGAAGAUGUUUGACUACAUGAAUUCUCAUCCCGAGCUGCACGUUCAGGCUCAGUUUGGGACUCUCUCCGACUACUUCAAUGCGGUUUACAAAGUGAACGGAGUGGCCCAGGGAUCCAGACCAGCUGACUAUCCAGUUCUCAGCGGAGAUUUCUUUGCCUAUGCGGACCGCGAAGACCACUACUGGACUGGUUAUUUCACAUCGCGUCCCUUUUACAAAAGCCUGGAUCGUGUGAUUGAGUCUCAUUUGAGGGGGGCAGAAAUCCUUUACAGUCUGGCGGUUGCAAACGCUCGGCACGAAGGCAUGGAAGGACGCUUCCCGGUGUCGGACUACGCGCUGCUAGUGGACGCCAGGCGGUCGGUCGCCCUCUUCCAGCAUCACGACGCCAUCACCGGCACUGCCAAGGAAAAUGUUGUCAUCGACUAUGGAACCAAAUUACUGCGUUCACUCAUCGGCUUGAAGAGAGUCAUCACCAAUGCUGCACAUUUCCUGGUGAUGAAGAACAAAGAGUUUUAUCGUUUUUACCAGACAGAACCCUUCCUAGAGACGGAUGACAGGCGGGCCACUCAAGACUCUUUGCCUCAGCGCACUUUAAUUGAGCUUGACCCAGCAGGGCCGAGGUACCUGGUUCUGUUCAACCCCAUCGAGCAGGAGCGGCUGUGUGUGGUGACUGUGUUGGUUAACACAGUGCGGGUGCGGGUCCUUACUGAGGAUGGACAGACUGUCCCUGUGCAGCUGAGCGCUGAGUGGGCCUCUAGCACUCAGAUGAGUGCGGAGGUAUUUGAGGCAACAUUCAUGGCUCGUCUGCCACCUCUUGGUCUGGCUGUUUUCCACCUGUACGACUCUGCGGAUUCGCCCUUGACGCUCCGCUCCGAGACCGUCCUCCGGCUGUCCGACCGCAGCAUCUCCGCUCGGGCCACGGAUCCGCUCCCCGUCAGCUCUCAGCUGGCCGACUCUCAGACCUUUUACAUUAGCAGCCAGUCACUAACGCUGGGCUUCUCUGGAACCACAGGCCUACUGGAGAGUAUCAAGAGGAAGGAUGAUCCUCAGGAAGUAAAGGUUCAGAUGCAGUUCAUGGUCUAUGGCACACGUCCUUCGAAAGACAAAAGUGGGGCUUACCUCUUCCUGCCAGAUGGGAAAGCAAAGCCCUACAACCAGAAAGAACCACCUGUGGUGCGUGUUGUUGAAGGGCCUCUUUUCUCUGAGGUGGUGGCACACUACCAGCACUUUGAGCAGACCAUCCGCAUACACAACGUGCCAGGGGUGGAUGGUUUAUCUAUAGACAUGACUACGAUGGUGGACAUCAGAGAUCAGACCAAUAAGGAGCUGGCCAUGCGACUGGUCACAGACGUGCAGAGUGGAGACGAUUUCUACACGGACCUCAAUGCCUUCCAAAUUCAACCUCGUCGACACUACCAAAAGCUUCCCUUGCAGGCUAAUUUCUACCCGAUGCCCAGCCAGGCGUACAUCCAAGACAGCCAUCACCGCCUGACGCUGCACACGGCUCAGGCUCUGGGAGUCUCCAGCCUGGAGAGCGGCCAGCUUGAAGUCAUUAUGGACCGGCGACUGAUGCAGGAUGAUAAUCGCGGGCUGGGUCAAGGCUUAAAAGACAACAAGAAGUCAGCCAAUCAUUUCCGACUGCUGCUGGAGAGGAGAUCAAAGGGCAACAAGCGUGAUGGCUUCUUUGCCAAACUUUCUUCCUUGUUUCGUUUGUUCUUCUCUGAAACCUUGAGUCGUGAAGCUGGGGAGGUGGACAGCACAACGACCAGCUUCCCGUCUAUACUCAGUCACAUGACCAACGCCAUGCUCAACCACAAGGUUUUGGCGUUCCCCGUUCUGCCCAAAAGACGUGGCGUCCCUCCCCUACAAACCUUCGCCCCCCUCAAGUCCAUCCUUCCGUGUGACUUCCACCUGCUGAACCUGCGCAGCAUCCAAAGCCAGCAGGACCCCAUGUCUCCGUCUCCGUACACGGCGUUGAUUCUGCACCGCCUGGCGCUGGACUGCAGCCUGGAGGCUCAGAACCUCGGCUUCAACUGCACGACCACGCAAGGACAGCUGAAUGUGUCUAGCCUUUACAAGAACCUGGACCUGCAGCUGCUCCAGCCCAUGUCUCUCACCUUGAUGCACUCUGGCACACCUCUGGCCAACCAUUCCACCAUCAGCCUGGACCCCAUGGAGAUCUCUGCCUUCAAGCUCAAGCUGCGAUAAGAGCUGAGCGGAUUACAAAGCAGCAAAAAUGCACUAAACUCCUUUGGAUCAGCAACCGACCCAAAGCCAGCCACAAACUGGGGACAAUGGGAUCUGGGUCUCUGUGUCUUUUAAGCUGAAACACAAAUCCUACAGCUCCGAAAAGCCGGGGUCGGCUGUAGUGGGACAGACUGCACAGCAGGGGGCAGAACAUAACUUUUAUUGCAGACACGUCAGAGAGCAGCAGAAAACAGAGUGACUCCGCAGUUGUUCCACAUCAAGAAAGACCGCCAGAACGGCUCAUCAGAUGCAAAUGUGUAUGUCUGCAAUCACAAAUGAAUUCUCUUUCUAUUCUGCUUGGCAAGGACUUGUCUUUUUCUAUCUUUCUGCCAUUCUGGACUAAACUACUGAAUGUAAAUAUUGCAAAUGAUGGUGUGUGUGUGUGUGGGGGGCUGGGACUGGUUCCUCAUAAGAGUGCAAUUUACACAGCUUUAUUCAGUGUAGGGAUUAUUAUUAUUCUUUUUAAUUUUUUCCCUUUUUUUUUUUAAAUGUGGAAAUCCCAUAUGGAUAUAGUUUUUGUACAAAUCAGUCUAAUUUUGACUGUUUUUUUUUUUUUUUUUUUGGACAGACUUGAAUGCAGCAAAGAGAAUGUGUGGUCUCUCUGAGACUUAAGCUGCAAAUCCUUAAGCUGUCUGAUUCCAAGAGUCCCACAGUGGUCACUAGGGGAUGACGGUGUGCUCAUUAAUCAUAAAGGUGGACUCCUCCCCUUUUCUCCACUUUCUGCAUGUAAAUAGUCAGCUGAUUGUCUGUCUGUUGUCAAGUCUCUCUGCUUCCUCUUUGUUAAGGAGAAAAACCGUGGAAGGCUGUGCCUGUCACAGCUCCCUUCAGUUGUUUCUUUAGGCUGUUGAGAAAGUGUGUUUGUGUAGCAUACCAUAUGCAGUAGAUUAGGCAAAGACUAUACCUCAUAUGUACCAUGCAGCAGAUAUAUCAGUAUGUGUGUCUGUAGGAGGUGUUAAUGUGACGCUUGAGAGUUUGUAUUGUUUUUGUAUUGCGGUGACGGCAUAUCAGGGACCAGCCAUAAUUCUUUGGGAUAUCAUUGAUUAAUAUCUGUGUGGAGCAUUGGGCCAUAUCAUUGCAGGGCGAAGAAUACCCGUUAGUGAGCGUAAGAUAAAUUAAAGGGUCAGUCGCUCAAAAUUUCAAAAGGAGAGGAAUUAUUAUUAUUAUUUUUUUUGCAUGAUCAAUAGGAUAUAAAAAGCUAAACUUCCUUUGGACUGGGAACUAUAGGGGCCUAGAUAAGUCAUUCCUUUUUACAUCACUUAAUUUAUACUGUGUAUAAUUCAAAACCUAGAAAUGUGACAUUUAUAAAGGUUUUAAUAAAACACAAGAUACUGGCAUUUGAGAAACUGAAAAUGGAGAAUGCCUGCCAUAUUUGGUUAAUUAUUGAGUAAAGAAGAAUUAAAAAAAAAACAUGACAAUGCCAGGGAAGCAGCAGUGAUCAUCCGCCACUGCGUUUCUUCCUUUUUUGGCUUCUAUUGAACAGUUUGAGCUACGCUUUUCUCUUUACUGUGAAGAUCAGAACACGUAACUAAUAUGUAGUGAGGAAGAAACAUUUGCAGGGGUCAUUUGUUUUUCUUAAACGUAAUUGUAGUGUUCUGACCCUUCAGAAGUAAAUAUCCAACUACAGAGGAGAGGAGCCGAGCUGGAGCUCUGCUGUGUUUUACACCUCGGGUCUGUCCUCAGGCAUAGUUUCUGCCUGUUGCACCUGCUGUGAGGGAUGAUGUCGCGUGUGGAGUUGAGGGUUGAACUCUCGCAACCCCACCUGAGCUGCACUGAGCACCGUGCAGCCACCUCACCUGCCCCGCUGCGCUCCUCCACAGCUGUCCUCGUCUGACCCCGAGGUCGGGCCUGUCAGAGCCUCUGCCUCGUCUCAGUGCUGCAGACCCCACAGCCCCCCAGCUGGGGUUAACAUCUAACUGUCACACCAGAUGUCACCAAAUCCUCUAUUGCACUUUCUGCUGGUGUCUUAAAACCUUCUGUUUGUGCGUCUGACUUUGUGUAAAUGUAUUUUCCUUUUUAAAAUGCAAUAUCUGUUGUAGCGCUGUUUUUUUUAAUUAUAAAAAAGGCACGAUGGAUUAAAGAACCAGAUGAUUUGGAGCAUAAAUAAAUAUCAAAACACGAAGAAGUCUUUUGAAAACUCUUCUAUUCAUAUAUGAUUCCUUUGUUCAGACUUGUUACAACCAAAAACGUAAUAACGGCCAAUAACGUAAUAACUGCCAAUAAUGUAAUAAUUUUGGCCAUUUCAAAUGUAAUAAAGCCAAUAGUGUAAUAAAACUUUUGAGUCAAUAAUG